CACCCGCGCCACCCGGAAGCCGGGGUUCCUACCAACGGUUUUUAUUGCUGGCGGCCCUAAGGAGCCCAUCAUGGCGACGCCCCCUAAGCGGCGGGCGGUGGAGGCCACGGGGGAGAAAGUACUGCGCUACGAGACCUUCAUCAGUGACGUGCUGCAGCGGGACUUGCGAAAGGUGCUGGACCAUCGAGACAAGGUAUAUGAGCAGCUGGCCAAAUACCUUCAACUGAGAAAUGUCAUUGAGCGACUCCAGGAAGCUAAGCACUCGGAGUUAUAUAUGCAGGUGGAUUUGGGCUGUAACUUCUUCGUUGACACAGUGGUCCCAGAUACUUCACGCAUCUAUGUGGCCCUGGGAUAUGGUUUUUUCCUGGAGUUGACACUGGCAGAAGCUCUCAAGUUCAUUGAUCGUAAGAGCUCUCUCCUCACAGAGCUCAGCAACAGCCUCACCAAGGACUCCAUGAAUAUCAAAGCCCAUAUCCACAUGUUGCUAGAGGGGCUUAGAGAACUACAAGGCCUGCAGAAUUUCCCAGAGAAGCCUCACCAUUGACUUCUUCCCCCCAUCCUCAGAUAUUAAAGAGCCUGAAUGCCUUUGA